UUUGGGUGCCUGAAGUCUACGCGGAGGGGCGGCCGAAAGUGUUUAUCAUGUUGGGCUCUGGGUUCAAGGCUGAGCGCUUGCGAGUCAACCUGCGCCUUGUCAUCAAUCGCCUCAAACUGCUGGAGAAAAAGAAGACUGAGUUGGCCCAGAAGGCAAGGAAGGAGAUUGCAGAUUAUCUGGCAGCCGGAAAAGAUGAGCGUGCCAGGAUUCGUGUGGAGCACAUCAUCCGUGAAGAUUACCUUGUGGAGGCCAUGGAGAUCCUGGAGCUGUACUGCGAUCUGCUGCUAGCCCGCUUUGGCUUGAUUCAGUCCAUGAAGGAGCUGGACUCUGGCCUGGCAGAAGCAGUAUCUACGCUGAUUUGGGCUGCACCACGACUCCAGUCAGAAGUGGCUGAGUUGAAGAUUGUUGCUGACCAGCUGUGUGCCAAGUACAGCAAGGAGUAUGGGAAGCUGUGCCGGACAAACCAGAUUGGGACAGUCAAUGACAGGCUGAUGCACAAGCUGAGCGUGGAGGCGCCGCCCAAGAUUCUGGUGGAAAGAUACCUCAUUGAGAUUGCCAAGAACUACAAUGUGCCCUAUGAGCCUGACUCAGUGGUGAUGGCUGAAGCCCCUGCAGGCGGAGAGGCAGAUCUGAUUGAUGUGGGAUUCACAGAUGAUGUGAAGAAGGGUGGCCAUGGAGGGGGAGGAGGUGGUGGAUUUACAGCCCCGCUGGCUGGUCAUGAUGGAAUAGUACCCAUGCCAGUGAUGAUGCCUAUGCCCAUGCCAACACCAAAUCCGCCCUUCUCCUAUCCGCCUCCAAAGGGACCGGAAAACUUCAAUGGCCUACCAGUGGGGACCUACCAGCCUUUUGCUAACAUCCAUCCACCACCAAUUCCAGCAACCCCACCAACAUAUGAGUCUAUCGAUGAGCCUAAUGCUAACAAAGACACUUCUGCACCGGUGCCUGGGCCCGGGCCCAAGUCAGAAGCUUCUCCUAAACCAAGAGCUGGGGCUCCUAAUACCUUUGAUAACUUUGUGCUGCCUGAAUUACCGUCUGUGCCAGAUACACUGCCAACAGCAUCUGCUGGCGCCAACUCUUCUGCCUCUGAAGACAUCGACUUUGAUGAUCUUUCUCGGAGAUUUGAGGAGCUAAAGAAGAAAACGUAAAACUGACUGGGCUGUAACUCCAAUGUGAGGGGCAGGAACUGUGACAGCUGCUUCUCUCUGAAACAGACUCCCCUUGAAAUUGGUUUCCUGUAUUAACCUCAAAUGAACAUGCUCUUCUUUUUGAGCUCUCUUCCUGCUGUACUUAAACCAAAUGCUGCCACUUUCCCGAUCUUUGUUGCUGCAGGAGGUGAGCUGUGGGGAAUCUUGCAGGACUGGAGCAGGGAACAGCCCCUGUCCAUCGGGGUAGCUAUCCGGGAAACCUCUGCAUGACAUUCUGGGUGCUGUUCCUGGCUGCCUCCGUGGUGGCUCUGUACUCCCUCCCACAGAGAAGGGAGGCGAUGGCUGAAAUGUUGACAGGGCUUUCUCCUCUUCCCGGUGGUCUCAAGAGCAGCAUCUUCCACAAGCUGCCCCUCUCUGCUCGAUGGCGUGUAUGGUGAGGGUGAUUAAGUCCCUUUGGUAAGACUUCUAACUAAUCGGGGCGGAGGCAGGGAAUGCGGUCGUGAGAUGUGGCAUUGGCCUUGAGGCUGUGCAGCACACGGGCGCUUCUGCCCUCUCCCUGGCUCCAGCUGUAUCUGGUUGCAGUUUGCCUUGGCAGCUGAUGUCCUUUUCCACUCCCCCUGCACUCUCGGGGAGCCCCCCGUGGCCUUCGGUGCGUUCUCAGGGGGGGCUCUGUUCACAGGAGGGCAGCGCUCUCUGCUUUCCAGUUCCGCAGCAUGUUCUGCUUGAACCUGCUGGGAGUGUGAGCUGGGAGGGCAGAGGGGGGCCAGAGCCAGGUGCUGUGUGCCGGCUCCUUUCUUGCCGGGUGUACACCGAGAGCUGAGGUCAAGGGGGCUGUGGCCAGAUCCGUGGCAGUACAGUAGCCUUGCUUGCCCCUGGGCACGAGGAUGGGCGAGGGCUGGCGGUGUGCUCUGGGGCGGGGGGGGGCUGCUGGAGGUGGUGUGCCCUCCUCCGCGUGACGUGUCUGUACAUAACACUCGCACAACUGUUCCUCGAGGUUUUUGGUUGAUCUGUACCUUACGGGUUGGUUGCUAAUAAA